UUUAAUGAUGCUUGGCAACAUGCAAGUGAGAAUAAUGAAUUGUGUGAAAAUUUCUGACAAUGAUAAAUCUAAUUUAAAUCAGGAAUCUAUAAAUGACAAUAGCAACAAUGACGAUAAUCAUAAUGACUAUAAUAAUUGUAGCAAUAAAUCUGGAUAUCUGUUUAUGAAGAUUGAUAAAAGAGUUAUGCAAUCAUGGUCUCGUAAAUAUUUUACUAUUUCAGGAGAAUUACUAUAUUAUCGUAACAGGAAUAUUAAAAUUCCAAACAACGAAAUUUCUGGUGUUAUAAAGCUUAGAGUUUGCCAUGUGAAACCAAUUGACAAUAUUGACAAAAGAUUUUGUUUUGUGAUAAUAUCACCAACGAGAACUUAUAUUUUACAAGCUGAAAAUCAAGAAGACAUGGAAGAUUGGAUCAAUUGUUUAAAUGCAGCAGCUACAAUGGCAUUAUAUUCAGAUAAUGUUUCAACAUCAUCUCAAAAAGUCGACAGCAAUAUUUCUCAAGAAUUGCUUCAAUAUGACAUUGUUGAUGAUUUUGAGUUUAGAGAAAAUUGUAGAACUAGCGAUCCGCAAUGGGCAAGUACGAAUUAUGGUAUUCUAUUGUGUAUUGAAUGUUCCGGAGUUCAUCGUAGUUUAGGCGUUCAUAUUAGUAAGGUUAGAUCAUUAAUGUUGGACAAGUGGGAACAAGAAUCAAUAGAUAUAAUGCUAAAAUUAGGGAAUUCCAAAAUAAAUGAAAUAUUUGAAGCCAAACUUGACGAGGAUUAUAAAAAUAAAAUAAUUACAGAUCCAUCAUGGAAAAGGGAUAAAUUUAUUACUGAUAAAUAUGUAAAAAAAGAAUUUGUAGCUCGAAAAGAUGAUGAAAGUUCCAAUUCUUUAGAAAUUAUCAACAUGGAAUUUUGGAAUGCUAUGAAUCAAACAAAUCUAUAUGAAGCCUUAAGAUAUCUAGCACUUGGCGCUGAUGUUGAUUGGAAAAAUCAAGAAAAAAAUUCCACAACAUCAUUACAUCAGGCUAUUCAAAGAAAUGAUGAAUUAGCAUUGGAAUUUUUAUUUUUAUGGCAAGUUGAUAUAAAUUCUGUUGAUAAGGAUGAUGGAAAGCUACCAGUUGACAUUGCAAUAGAUUUGCAAAAUAUUGAAGCUAUAAUAGCAUUAAAUCCCAAUAAAUUUAAAAUAUCAGAAAAUUCAAGUUUUGAAGAGGACGAAACAGAAGAGGAAUCAGUAAUAACUGUAUCUGAACCGUAUAACGGUAAUAAUGAUGAAAUAUUAAAAAUUGAUGAAAAUAAUCUAUAUUUUUAA